UUUCCGUUUCCGGACACAGCUGCGUGUUUCGCUGCAGUAUAUCCCUUUUCACCUUCUUGUCUGCUGCAAAAAUGGCAGUGUUUUGCAGGUCUGCAGCCUUCCUUCUGAAGUCAACUAGAUCAGUACCGUACACAUUUGCAGCUGCACGAAAGUACAGCGCAGGUGGGCAAUAUCAGCACAUCCUGGUGGACAAGAAGGGCGAAAGAGGGAAUGUGGGUUUUAUUCAGCUCAACCGACCCAAGGCCCUGAACGCUCUCUGCGACGCGCUGAUGACGGAAGUGGGCCAGGCGUUGGAUGCGUUUGAAGCCGAUGGCGAGGUCGGGGCCAUAGUCAUUACUGGCAGCGAGAGAGCCUUUGCGGCUGGAGCGGAUAUUAAGGAGAUGCAGAACAGAACUUUUCAGGAGUGCUACGGUGGAAACUUCCUGGCACACUGGAACAGGAUUUCGUCAGUGAAGAAGCCUGUCAUAGCCGCUGUGAAUGGAUUUGCUCUUGGCGGAGGUUGUGAAUUGGCCAUGAUGUGUGACAUUAUCUACGCUGGCGAGAAGGCGCAGUUUGGACAGCCAGAAAUCCUGCUCGGAACCAUACCCGGUGCUGGUGGAACUCAGCGGUUGACGAGGGCAGUGGGGAAAUCCCUCGCCAUGGAGAUGGUCCUCACAGGAGACCGAAUAACUGCGCAGGAGGCCAAGCAGUCAGGCCUUGUUAGUAAAGUCUAUCCCGUUGACCAGCUGGUAGAGGAAGCGGUGAAGUGUGGGCAGAAGAUCGCAGAUAACUCGAAGCUGGUCUCUGCAAUGGCCAAGGAAGCUGUCAACUCAGCCUUUGAGUUGAGUUUGGCUGAAGGAAAUCGCCUGGAGAAGAGAUUAUUCCACGCAACCUUUGCUACUGAUGACAGAAAAGAAGGAAUGACUGCAUUUGUUGAAAAAAGGAAAGCUAAUUUUGAGGACAAUUAAUGGAAGUUUACACACAGUGGGACGAUUGAAAAGAAGUGAGGACAAUUAAAAUGAGUGUUGACCUGCGAUAUGCCUUAUGGUUUCCUUUAAUUUAGCGAUUCUUGGUGGUGUGGGAUAAUCGGGGAUAGGUCUUUGAGACUCAGUAACACUACUCGCGAUAAUAAAUAUUAUAGUAUUAAAAUUCGAAUACGAUAAUUCAUGGGCUGUUUUGAUUAUUUGUAGUUUUUACUGGUAGUCUGAACAUUUUUGAAGAACCUGCCCUGAUUACAUCUUUUUAAUAAAAUAUUAAUUGUUUGAAAAGCU